AUGAUUGUAGACUUGACAAAGGUUCAUGUGGAUGUCAUCGUUCAUCCUACGGAUUCUAAAAUUUCCUUCCAUGGAAUGGUUGGUCACACACUGUUAAACAAAGGAGGUUCAAACUUAGAAAAUGCUGUAAGGAGUUGUGUACAAUCUGAAGGUUGUCUGGGGUAUUUAGAAGUGCGUAGAACUGCUGCUUACAAUAUCGAAAAGUUCUACUCUAUUUCACUUCCUUCAGUAGGAAGUGGAAAAGCUGGGUUACCAAAACAAAUGGCUGCCCAUACAACAUUACAAACUUUGAAGAACUAA